AUGAAGAACACAACGCGCAUAGGAAUUGUCCUGGGAAUCAGCGUCCUUUUCUUUGCUGCGGAAAUAGCAGUUGGCUUUCGCACGAAGAGUUUAGCAUUAAUUGCGGAUGCGUGCAAUUGCUUUUGUCGCUGCAUAUCUGCAGGAAAAUCGUCAACAUGUAUGUUCGACUCUCCAAUGACUUUGUUUCAUUCCGAAAAAACUCCUGCGCAGACCCACAAGUUCACAUACGCUUUCCAUCGUGCCGAACUUGUGGGUGCCUUUUUCAAUGGCGUCUUCCUUCUGGCACUGGCACUCUCAAUAUUUCUUCAAUCUGUCGAGCGUUUCGUCCACGUAGAAAAGAUCACCUCGCCAAAGCUGGUACUAGUGAUCGGCUGCGUUGGUCUAGGCCUCAAUAUCUUGUCUGCAAUUGUUGUCCACGAUCAUCAUGGCCAUAGCCAUGGGCACACUUCGGAAGCCAUCGAGUUGAUAGAGGAGAAUCCCUUACCUGAUCAUAUCCAUGCGACUCACAAUCACACUAUCGACCCACCAGGUAGUGCUCCACAACAUAACCUAGGCUUGGUUGGUGUAUUGGUCCAUUUGAUAGGUGACGCGGUCAAUAAUAUUGGCGUUAUCAUCGCAUCUCUCAUAUUGUGGAAGCUCGACUCACCAAAUCGCUUCUAUGCCGAUCCAGCCGCCUCUAUUGCGAUCAGCUUAAUCAUAUUUGGGAGCGCCAUUCCGAUGACUCUUAAGUCAGGCCGAAUUCUUCUAGAGGCAGCACCAUUGCAUCUCGAUUUGGCAAAAGUAAAAGAGGAUCUCAUAGCUAUUCCUGGCGUUCUUUCGGUUCAUGAUAUUCACGUAUGGCAUCUUUCACAAUCGGUGAUACUUGCGUCCCUUCACGUCUGUGUGCCUGUCGGAACAUCGCUUGAACAAUGGGAAAAAACGGAACAGAUCCUGCAACAUUGUUUCGCGGAGUACGGAAUUCGCCAUGUCACAAUAUCCCCCGAGAUCCACAGGGAUGCCCUAUCUAUUCAUCCAAGCGAAGAGACAAUUGGAGGAUGUAGGUUACCUUCCCAUGACGACUUUGGUUGUGCGGUUAGCGACUUGAAGAAACGGAAAACUGGUGUAGCGUGA